GCUGCCCCGCGCCCGGUGCCCCGCGCAGGGGCGGCGGCUACAUGGCCGCGCGGGUCGCCCUGCUGCUCCGCGUACUGCCGCUGCUGCUGUGGGGCGGCCUGGACGCCCAGCGCGUAGGCCGGGAGCUGCGCCGGGAGGCGGAGGCAUUCCUGGAGAAGUAUGGAUAUCUCAGUGACCAGGUCCCCAGUAGUCCUUCCUCCACGCGAUUCAGUAAUGCCAUCAGGGAGUUCCAGUGGGUUUCCCAGCUGCCCGUCAGUGGGGUGCUGGACUCCGCCACCCUGCGUCAGAUGACGCGGCCCCGUUGCGGGGUGGCAGAUACUGACAGCCAGAUGCCUUGGACCGAGAGAGUCAGUGCCCUCUUUGCUGGACACCGGGCCAAAAUGAGGCGUAAGAAACGCUUUGCAAGGCAAGGCAACAAGUGGUACAAACGGCAUCUCUCCUACCGCCUGGUGAACUGGCCCCAGCACCUGCCCGAGCCCGCAGUCCGGGGGGCUGUGCGUGCCGCCUUCCAGCUGUGGAGCAACGUCUCGGCGCUGGAGUUCUGGGAGGCCCCGGCCACGGGCCCCGCUGACAUCCGCCUCGCCUUCUUCCAAGGGGACCACAACGACGGGCUGAGCAAUGCCUUCGAUGGCCCAGGUGCUGACGCCGAGCCUCUCUCCUACAGGGCAGGGGGCGCCCUGGCGCACGCCUUCCUGCCCCGCCGCGGGGAAGCGCACUUCGACCGAGACGAGCGCUGGUCCCUGAGCCGCCGGCGCGGCCGCAACCUGUUCACCCCCACCACCCACCCCUGCUCUCCUUCCCUGCACCUGUCAGAUAAUGAAAUGAACCAAGGGGGAGGUCUUGAGCUUUCAGCACCCCACCCCACAGCCAAUGUGUGUUCUUUCCUGCUUCCCUCCUCCUCCUCCUCCCCCCACCAAGGGAAGCCCCAGGGGGGCUCAGCGGCCAUCCAGCUGCCGGGAAAGCUGUUCACUGACUUUGAGGCCUGGGACCCCCUGAGACUCCAGGGAAGGCGCCCGGAAACCCGAGGUCCUAAAUAUUGCCAUUCUUCCUUCGAUGCCAUCACUGUAGGUAAGACGGUCCCACCAGUGCCUCGCUUUCUUCUUUCCUCCCCCCAGCAUCUUCAAGGGUCUCCGGAAUUGAAGUACAAGGUUGAGAGGGUGGCAAUUAUAAAACCCAGAAAUCCCAAGUCACAAGCACUCCUCAGGGUAGCAAGCCCUCGCCAAGCAAAACCCUGCUCCCUCCUGCACUUUCGCUUCUGUCCCAGCUGUGCACACAGCAUCCUCUCCGCUGGGUCCUCUCAUCAGUUUGGGAAGCUGGGCUCUAGGGAAGCACCUCCCAUGGAAGGAAGGCAGGAGGCUGACGGUCACUCCUCAACUCUCUCUUGGCUCCGGGCAGAUGGACAACAGCGCCUGUACGUCUUUCAAGGGAACCAGUUCUGGGAGGUGACAGCUGACGGCAACGUCUCAGAGCCCCGCCCACUGCGGGAAAGGUGGGCGGGGCUGCCCCCCCACAUCGAGGCAGCCGCCGUGUCCUUGGAGGAUGGAGACUUCUACUUCUUCAAAGGGAGUCGAUGCUGGAGGUUCCGGGGCCCCAAGCCAGUGUGGGGCUCCCCACAGCUGUGCCGGACGGGGGGCCUGCCCAGCCACCCCGAUGCUGCCUUCUUCUUCCCUCCUCUGCGCCGCCUUGUCCUCUUCAAAGGCACUCGCUACUACGUGCUGGCCCGAGGGGGGCUGCAGGUGGAGCCCUACUACCCCCGAGGCCUGCAGGACUGGGGCGGUAUCCCGGAGGAGGUCAGCGGUGCCCUGCCCAGGCCUGACGGCUCCAUCAUCUUCUUCAGGGACGACCGCUAUUGGCGCCUCGACCAGGCCAAGCUCCAGACAACCACCUCUGGCCGCUGGGCCACAGAGCUGCCCUGGAUGGGCUGCUGGCACGCCAACUCAGGGGGCGCCCUGUUCUGAAGACGCCCCCACCUCUUGGUGAGUGCCUUCAUGGCCAAUGUGUGUCCCUUGCUCCAAGGGCAGACAAGCCUCUGAGCCUCCCCACAGAAGCCAGGGCAAGAAAGGUGGUCUGUGUUUGUUCCCUGGAGGAUGUCUUUGUGCUGUCAAGACAUUGCAUUCGAGAUCUCAUUUCCCAGCCAGGGAUCGAACCCCUGUCCCCCUGCAGAGGAAGCAUGAAGUCUUAACCACUGGACCACAGGAAAGUCCCGAGACAUUGACCAUUGUGGGAUCAACUCGAGAAGCUAAAAAGGGUCCCAGACCCCAUGGGCCCUUUCCCCAAGGACUCAUUCCUCCCCAGGCCUUGGGGAUUAUGCUUCUGCCCCAAAGGUGCAGUUCCUGUCCCCGAGGCCACAGUACUGGACAACCAGGACAGCUGCCAAACUCAGCGGAGAAGUUGGGACACUUUCCCAGGCUGUCCCUUCCCCUCAGGACCUCCUGACUUGGUCCCUAGAGAACUGUGUCUUAUUUAAUCAGAGGCCCUGCCUCCAGGAAGCUUGUAUGGUUUGGGUACCACAGUCUGAAACCUCAGGGGAGUCAGGACCCAGAACAAGGAUACCAAUGCAGACCUGCUGGGCCCUGCUAUUUUUUGGGAGGGGAGGGUGGGAAUAAAGAGGUGCUCCCAGCGAGUGGACUUGGAGCAGGGGAGCAGCUUCCUUGGA